AAGAAAUUAUGGGCGCUGUUAUAUUGUGUGUAGUUUCUAUUUUUCUUGGUCUAAGUUGGAUAGCUGAUAGCAACAUGUAUCGCAUAAACUAUGUCACCUCAGCGGAGGAGAAGAUGGACCUGAUCGAGAAAGACAGAGAACUCAUUAUCGUACUCGAUAGUUAUGCGACUGAGCUGAAAGAUAAAAUCAUCAAGCUGAAGAGAAUAGUUGAAGCGCUGAAACAGCCUUUAGAAAAGGCUAGGAAUAGGGAAGAGGAGUACUUGUCCAAUCCCAUAAACAGACUAUCCCUCAUGCGUCAGAUGCACGAUGAUUGGGAACCGGUGGAGAAGCUCUUAAAGCAGCCAGUGGGGCAAGAGAAAAUUGCAUUUAUCGAGAAAAUGCGAGAGGAUCUGCCAGUGGAAGACGAUCUCAUUGAGGCCAAUCAAGCCCUGUUUCGCAUAGUACACACAUAUGAUUUGGAACCGAAGGAUGUGUCCACAGGAUUGAUUGAUGGAGUUCAAUACAGUGGUAAGAUGUCUGCUAGUGAUUGCCUUACCAUGGCAGCGUUGUCCUUCAAUUCGGGCAGCUACCAAAUAGCAUCCAAGUGGCUAAGUGCAGCCAAGGAUUUGUUGGUGGAACAGCCACGUAAAUACCAUGAGGUGAUUGGGGUCACCAAGGCGGAUGUUACAUUGCUACUUGCUCGCUCUCUUAUAGCCACUGGCAAUGUAUCCAUCGCACGUGACAUGCUGAUGCGGGAUUCCAUGCUCGGUGAAGCUGGUAAUGCACUUGCUCUGCACUUUCUGAGGAACACACCAAAGCCAAGUAUUAGCUUGGAGUGCUGUGAGUCCGAAGAAUCCUUUAAUCAUCUUUGCCGAUCCGUGAGCAGGAGACAGGCGGGUGACUCCAAGCCCUCGAGGCUUCACUGUCGCUAUAAUACCACUACUAGGCCCUUCCUGCGAUUGGUCCCCCUUCGAAUGGAGGAACUUUCUCUGGAUCCGUAUGUGGUUCUUUAUCACAAUGUUCUAAGUGAUCCUGAGAUUGAAAAGCUGAAGCUGAUGAGUGAGCCCUUCCUAGAGCGUGCGAAAGUAUAUCGCGUGGAAAAGGGCUCUGAUGAAGUAGCUCCCAGUAGAUCCGCUGAUGGUGCGUGGCUUCCUGACCCAGAAACCGAACCUGAAGACCUGGAGACUUUAAACCGCAUUGGACGAAGAAUCGGAGACAUAACAGGUCUAAGUACUUGCAGUGGAAGCCAAAUGCAGCUUCUAAAGUACGGCUUUGGUGGCCAUUUUGUGCCGCAUUACGACUAUUUCGACUCAAAAACCUCCUACUUAGAGGCGGUGGGCGAUCGAAUCGCCACUGUUCUCUUUUAUCUUAACAACGUUGAUCAUGGUGGAGCUACAGCUUUUCCCAACAUAAACCUGGCUGUGCCAACCCAAAAAGGUUCGGCAUUGUUCUGGCACAAUCUAGAUGGAAAGUCCUACGACUAUGACACACGCACUUUUCAUGGCGCCUGUCCUCUGAUAUCUGGCACAAAGUUGGUGAUGACACGCUGGAUUUACGAAUUGGAUCAAAUGUUCCUUAUUCCCACAGUGCUUCCUCCUCGCAGUCGAAACUUUAGCAGAUCACUUCCCAAUCCAAUUUAAUUUUAGGAUGCACCCCUACAUCUUCAUUAUCUAAUAAAUUUAUUUUCUUCUCA